AUGAAUUUCACUCAAUGUCACAUGGAGCGUCUUGACUCUAUUCGCGAGUCAGAAAAGUCUUCAGAGAUGUCUUCUUUAAUUUCCGCAUUAAAUAACACGCACAAAGAGUUGAUUUUUGUGGGCUACUCCGACUCCGAAAUUCUAUUGAAAGAAAACAAAACGCCGUUUUUCACUGAAAGUGAUGUCAAAGUGUUUGGAUACACUCUCCUCAUCUAUAUGGGUACAACCGAGAAGAGCCACUACAUAGCAGUUGUCUUCAAAAAUCCUCCCAAAGUGACUUCCAUUAAAAUUCGUGAUGUGAUGAAAUUGGCGACGGAAGUUGGUGACAUAGCGGGGUAUGGAUAUUCACUUGUCAAAUUCAAUCAACAAUAUUCAUUCUGUCCAAGAUGUGGCAUUCAAAUGCAUUAUGCGGGCUACGGAACACACUUCACAUGUGGCAAUUGUCACAAUAUGUGCUUUCCACGAACAGAUCCGUGUAUCAUUGUCGUUGUCAAACACCCUACUGAGAGAAAGUGUUUGUUUGUCAGAAAGAGUAUCAUGCCAGUCAAUAGGUAUACAUGCGUCGCAGGCUUCUUAGAGGUCGGAGAGUCAAUUGAAAAGUGCGUUGAACGAGAGGUUUGGGAAGAAGUUCAAAUUCACGUGAAAGAUGUGAAGUAUGUGACUUCAUCGGCAUAUCCGAUUAAUGCGGCUAAUCAAAUCAUGAUCGGGUGUGAAGCCACUGCUAUCAACACAAAUAUAGACAAAGAACCUGGAAAGGAACUCGACGAGGCAUUUUGGGUCGAUGAGGCACAAGUCAGAAGAGCAAUUUUACAGUCUAAACAAGAGAAACCUGAGGGACUUUAUACUGUACCACCCACAUAUAUUGCACAUCAACUUUUCGAACACUUCGUACGAGAAAACUGA